CCGUAUCGCAGCAGCUGCUUUCAAAGCCAACACAAACGGGUGCCGGCCUUCGGUCGCCUCGGACGGGCUUCCUGGAUUGCGAGAAUCGUAGUGGCUCGCGGUACAUUCGAGGCCACAAUCACGGGAGGCACGUACCGUGGACGAGACCUCCAGGUCAAGGCUUCUUGCAACUGAAAUCUCGAAGCGAUCAGUGCUGCGAAUACGUGGGUGGUGUGCUCGAUAUCCCAAGUAUUAUGACGACGGUUUCAACGGAUGUCUCGUUUUGGACGACGUUGGGACUCGGAGGCCUGGUGCUCAUAGCAACCGCCGUGUGCUUAUGGGUGCUGCAUCGGCGACGCCAGCAUGACCUGCUCAGGAAAUACGGGAUUCCGGGACCCGAGCCGUCGCUGCUCAUAGGCAACUGGACAGAGCUGAAAAAGGAUCCUGUUCAGGUGAUGGAGCGCUGGAUCAAGCAGUACGGCAAGGUGUUCGGCUACUACGUCGGCGAGAUUCCCUACAUAGUUAUUACGGACGUGGACCUGAUCAAAGAGAUCUUCCUGAAGCGUGCCAGUAUCUUCUGUGACAGACCUCAACAGCUGGUAAACGUGGAACCUUUUAAGAGCUGCAUCAUAGGACUUGAAGGUCAAGAAUGGAAGAAGGUUCGAAGUGUCCUGAACCCCAUCUUCACGGGUUCCAAGAUGAAGUUGAUGACGCAGAUUAUGGCCAGCUCUGCGGACGUGAUGUUAGAGCUCCUUGACGACGCUGCCAGCAAGGCAGAGAGCGUGGACAUGUUUCGGGUGGCAAGAGGAUACUCCAUGGACGUCAUUACCAAGUGUGCUUUCGCCUGGCAGGUGGAUUGCCAGAAGAAUCCUACCGACCCAAUUUUGUUAGGAGUGCAGCAAGUGUUCAACAUAGACCACCCAGUUAUUAACAAUAUGAUUCGAUUUCCUGUCCUUCGAAAAGUGUUGGAGUGGCUGUAUCCUUACGCUGGCUACUACGACAUAACCACACAGAUCACAGAAAGUGUCCGCAAAGUUGUCGAGUUUCGCCGAAGUGGACAAAGCCCCCACGCCACAGAUAUGUUACAGCUGAUGCUCGACGCUCAAAGAGGCGCGGGUGACGAAAUGGCAAAAGCGGAUCAUAAGUCCAAGCUUAUGGAGGAUCGACACCUUCUGUCUAACAGCUUCAUAUUUCUGGUCGCCGGAUUCGACACAACGGCGUCGUCGCUGGCCUUUAUCAUCCACAUCCUCGCUAAGUACCCCGAACAACAAGACAAGAUAUUCAGUGAACUCGCUGAAACGUUUCCAGGAGCUACCGAGUUGACAUACGACGGUGUUCAGCAGCUUAAACAUCUGGACAUGGUCAUUUGUGAAACACUCCGACUGUACCCGCCUGUGGUGCUCUUCGUGAGUCGACUGUGUAGGGAGCACACGACGGUGAUGGGACACUCCAUUCCGGCCGGCGCGAAUGUCAUCGUACCCACUUGGCAUAUGCAUCAUGACCCCGACAUCUGGCACGAGCCCUUCAAAUUCGUUCCCGAGAGAUUCAGCCAAGGCGAUAAGGCGUACGAUCCUUCAGUUUAUUCGCCCUUCGGGUUGGGUCCCAGAAUUUGCAUCGGAAAAAGAUUCGCAAUCCUGGAACUGAAACUGGCAAUCUGUAAAAUCAUUCGGAAAUACAAGGUCGCUCAAUGUGACCAAACGCAAGACCCGCUGAGGCUUGUCGUGCCUUCUGUUGUUAUAAACCCUGAAAAAGGAGUCAUUGUCAAAUUGUGUAAGAGGGGAUAGCACGGGAGUUCUGUACAAAUCAUGUGUGUCAUUCGUCGUGCUCGUAUUGCAGUUGGUUCUUGUUUAAAAUGUGCAAUUUCCAUUUUCGCGCGCGUCUUAUUUCCGACAAACGGAGAAUCCGUUUAGUCCACACUGCACUGUAUCAUUAUCAUCGUGCCCUUCCCGAGUGCUUUUGUUGAUGGUGGCUUCAAGCGUCUAAUCGGUAGAUUUUUUUUUGUAACUAAUAAAUAGUUUUAUUUAUACAGCCUUCUUCCUGGAAACAAGGUUACGAAUUCCCUUUAUCUCAAUGUGUGACAUUUGUGUAAAAAAAACAACAACACUUAAAACAUGUCAAUAACAGGUUUUCAACCCUGACUUUCAGGGGCAUCGCACGAUUGCAACAAAGCACUGUUUAUAACGGAUAUCUGAGAGUCGUGUGACAGGAAAAAGACAAACAUAACGGUCAGCACUUCAGUGACAAAAUAAAACACAAGAACACCACCCAUACAAGAAACUAUACUGCACCCUUCGCGCGUUUAAUCAUUUAAAUUUUCGCUCAUUUCAGUCUAGUUCUUUUGUAUAAUUGAUACCUUCUUUUUCUGUCCAUUUUUCAUGAUCUUUAUUUUACGCACGUGCACGGUAUCUGCCACCACUGUCUAGUUCCUGCGGAUCGUCCAUUGCAGGGGUCUCAAGCACGCGCCCCACGACUCGUUGGGACGCGGGCCGCAGGCAGCCGAAUUUAUAGGGAGUAUUCACUGGACGCCAUAUUUGUGGGUGCUGUUUCGAGCGCAUGCUCAGAACGAUCUCACAUCAAUAGGCUACUAAGACCGGCACUCUUGAUGGUACGGAAUGCACGUUGCAAAAGAACUGUGGAAGCUCACCAUCAGCACGUGCUCAGCAUUCGCGCACACAGCUAUGGCCGCCAGUGAAUACUCCCUAUACGUGUCGAGCGCUAGAAAUGGCAUGCGCCAUCGUCAUCUCAUCUCGACGAUUCAUUUUCGAUCGAAAAGUCACUCCGCUCUUUUAACGUAUUCCCAUAAUAUUUACAUAUCUGUGCUCAUUUGCCCUUUGUUUCGCUUUAUAUUUUGCUUCCCAGCUUUUUUUAAUAUACACCAAUUUCGCUACUAGACUGCAAGCAAGAGCUCUAUGUUGAAGGAUGCAUCUCGACUGCGCGAACUCUCAAUUAGCAGGAGCAACUGCCGAAGAUAAAACUACGAGUUCGGGAUUGUCGUCUUAAAACAAAUAUCACCAUUAAAAUUCAAGUAUAGGUGUUGUAACAGAAAUCGUCAAGAAAGCAAGAACUGUCAAAUAACUGACUGAUUUUUAGAGACAUGUUGAACUUUGUUUAUUUCUGAGUAAAUUGAGCAACGGGAACAACAGUGUACAUACUCUCUUGUUCUAUUAAAAAUUCGAGCACGUCGGCGGGGUGGUGUCAUUCUAAUUAUUGUUAUCACAUCGGGUCAAGGCCCAAAGUAGUCAUACAAACGAAUC